UACCCAAAAGCCCCUCCUCGAACCGAGCUUGCUUUUGCAGCUCCUCCUCCCCACUUUUUCUCGAGCGAAAAAAGGGUCUGAUCUUUGAGCAAACUGCAAACCCCACGGCUGCUAUGCUGAUCGCGAGCGCGGGGGUGAAGAUCAUGGAGUCGCAGCUCCUGUGGGAGUUCAUCGCGUUCCUCAAGGCCCGGUGGUCCGCGCGCUCCCGCGUCGACCAGCGCCGCCGCCGCCUGCGCCAGCUCGUGGCCAUGGUCCGCGCCGUCGCCGACGCCGCCGAGUGCCGCGCCGCCGUCCGCGACGGCUCCCUCUCCGCCUGGCUCCACGUGCUCCGGGCCGAGGCGCUGCGCGGGCAGCAGGUCCUCGAGGCCCCCGGCUGCGACGCCGCCGCCAUCGCGGGCUCCGCCAGGCACUUCCUCGCGGGCCUCAGGGCGCUGCUCGCGUGCAGCGCGGAGGUGGACCGCCUCACGGACGCCGUCGAGGAGCUCGAGCGCCUCGCGGGGCCCGGCGGGGACCUCGACAUGUUCGUCAAGGUGCUCCGCCUCGACACCGCCCGCGCCGACGAGAUGGAGGUCGACGGCGCUCCGGACCUCCGGGAAGAAGGGAGCAGCAGCAGGGCCAGCUCGGUCGCCGCCGGGCUCCCCGCCCCGUGGGGCAAGAGGAAGCGCGCCGCCUGCAGCUCCGGCGCUGACGGGGGCUCGGCGUCGCGCGGCCAGGUCGACAACGCGGUCCAGCUGCCGAAGCGCCGGGUGCUCGCGUGGAUGCGGCCUCACCAGUGGCUCCCUGCCGGCUUCGGCGGGCUCUUCGCCGCGCCCCGCGAGCUGCCGGUGUCUCGCUCGCACCGCGCCCGGGUGGUGGCGAAGGCGAUGUCGAGGGUCCGCCGCCGCAUCGGCAAGCCGACGAGGCGCCGGCAGCAGCAUCAGCAAAGCCUCGGCCAGCACCUGUCGCGGAUUUCCCUGUGAUGGGCCAGGUUUUGCUCCUGCAUUUUGGUAGCGGAGUGAGGAUCCCCCUGCAAUCUGAGGGUUUCGGUUGAUGCAAGUAGUAGCUAGUUCUUCCUCCUCGAGCUUAGUUAGAAUCCGUGAGCCACCUAGAGUUGUUCGACGAUUAACUUGUGAUUUCGUCGGCUGGAAGCUGGAGUAGUGAUUUCAGCCUAGUAUACUGAUCCUGCAUUUCUACUAUAGAUAGGAUUCCUCCAAUCCUCCUGCAAUCUGAGAGUUGCAGUGGAUGCAAAUCACUAGACUUGCCUACUAGUUCCUCCUCCAACUUAGAAUCCGUGAGCCCUCCAAAGUUCUUCGACUCGACUUGUGAUUUUGUCAGCUGAAGCUGCACCUGUGGUUUAAGUUUACUGCUGAUCCUACUAUUGACCGACA